AACAUCCGUUGAUUUCAAAAAGGCUCGAAGAACAACAGAAAAAUUGCACGUGGAUCAUUCAAAAAAUCACACUUUURCUGAUCGGUURGACCAAAAGAAUUUCCCUGGMCAGCUGGGUURCUUAGGGGAUGAAUUGUUUGAAUAGAUGUUGCAACGUUUGGCUUUGAAUUCAAGACGAUAAUGACUGAACYGUGUGGAUAACAAAAAUCAGUCCAAAAGAACUUGCCGCUCGAUUGAUUGUAUAAAUUGCAGAUUUACUUUGUAAAAUCAGUAUUCUGGACCWUUGGGAGAUAGAUAGCAAGUUACAGAAGGUAAUGGUGAUCGUUUGGAUUGAUUUUUGGUCAAGUAGCUGACGUUUUUGUGAGAAAGCACUCGACUUUGCCGGCUCUCUGAUUUUGAAACGAGCACUUCUUCUGGAACUGAAUUUCCACUAAUAACUGGCUGUAGAAAUUGGAAUUAUCGGAUACCAUCAAGUUCUCUCAUUGCAUUUCAUUCAAUAGUUUGUUAAAGAUAAGUAGAGUGUAAACAUGGAUCCUGAAUAUGAAAAGAGGCUUUUGAGGAGUCCAGGAGUAUCUCCUGUAGCAUCUCCGUUAUCUUCAAGACACAGUCCGUGCACCUCUCCAAUGAAAGACCGUUAUGGUGAUAGRUUUAUUCCUAGUCGUGUUAGUACACUUUGGCAUGGAAAACAGAAUUUUGUCCAAGAAAAUAGUGAUCCYGGCUCUAAGAAUAUUACCAGAGAGAGCACUGGAGAUACUAAAGAAGGUGUAGCCUAUCAGUGUUUAUUAAAAAACGAAUUAUUAGGAGCUGGAAUAGAAGAUCUGAAGGAUUAUCAGACUGAAGAUCGUAAAGUCUUGUCAAGUAAUAGUAAUUAUGUCCAUAAUGUACUUCAGUAUCAAGUUAGAAGAAGUCAAAAAGAAGAAGCGCAAUCAUCUGCUGCCUACUCGUUAUCACCCAUCGGCAAGAAAAGUCAAAGACUUCUUCGGUCUCCUAGAAAGUCAACAAGAAAAAUAUCAAAAAUCCCUUUUAAAGUCUUGGAUGCUCCAGAUUUGCAGGAUGACUUUUAUUUAAACCUGGUAGACUGGUCAGCCCAGAAUAUUCUUAGUGUUGGUCUUGGUACAUGUGUUUAUUUAUGGAGUGCUUGUACUAGUCAGGUAACAAAGCUAUGUGAUCUAUCAGGGGAUGGAGACUCAGUGACUUCUGUGUCAUGGUCAGACAGGGUAAGAGAUAAUUUUUACUCUUGACUAAUAACAGCAACUGUCAAAUGCUAUGCAG